UAGAAGCUGAACCAGAAGAGAGCCCAGGCAGCAGUAGUAGCAGCGACAGCAGUGGUGGGGCGGUAGAUGCCCUCCCCUCAGCCCCAGGCCCAGUUCCUCCCCAGGCCCCUGUAGGAGAGAAGAGAGAGGACAGCUCCUGCUUUGACAGCUCUGUAGACUCCAGCGAGGAAGAGGAGGACAAAGAGGAGGACCCUGCCAUGUUCUCUAACUUUCUAAGCGGGGCCAACCCCCUCAGCUCUGUCUCCUCUGCUGUCAGAGGAGGCCUUUUUGGGGACAAUGGGGAGGUUGACAAACAGAAAGCAGGCCCUCAGCAUCCUGGGUCAGUUCCUGGCCCUGGGAAUGCCCCACAGCAGCAACAGGGAGGACCCCAGCUGCAGGGGAACGGUCAGGCUGGUCAACCAGCCAAACCUAGCGGGCAGAAAGCCCCCGCUAAGGGUGAACCACAACAGCAAGGACCUCCUAAGGGUGCCCCUCAACAGCAAGGACCUACAAAAGGUGGACCACAACAACAAGCCCCCCAACAGCAAACCCCUGCUAGGGGUGGACCACAACAGCAAGCACCUGAUAAAGGUGGACCGCAACAACAAGGGUCACCUAAGGUUGGCGCUCAGCCACAAGUGUCCCCUAAGGGUGGACCACAACAGCAAGGACCUGCUAAAGAUGGACCCCAACAGCAAGGGUCACCUAAAGUUGGAGUUCUGCCACAAAAUCCUAAGGGACCACAACAGCAAGGACCUGCUAAGGUUGGACCCCAACAGCAAGGUUCCCCUAAGGUUGGAGCUCAGCCACAAGGGUCGCCUAAGGUUGGAGCUCAGCCACAAGGGUCCCCUAAGAUUGGCACUCAGCAGCAUGGUUCCCCUAGGACUACACCACAGCAGCAGGGUUCCCCUAGGACUACACCACAGCAGCAGGGUUCCCCUAGGACUACACCACAGCAGCAGGGUUCCCCUAGGACUACACCACAGCAGCAGGGUUCCCCUAGGACUACACCACAGCAGCAAGACGCUGGUAAAGCUGGGCAUCAGUCUAAAGCCGGACCUAUGGCUGGAGCUAAACCCCUGUGCCCAGUGUGUAACACUACCGGACUCAACCUACACUCCAAGGAGCCACCCAACUAUAACACCUGCACACAGUGUAAGACUGUCGUCUGCAGCUUCUGUGGCUUCAGUCCUCCUGACUCUGGCGGUAAGGAGUGGCUGUGUCUGACCUGCCAGAUGCAAAGAGCACUCGGAGGCUCGGACCCACCUGGAACCCCAAAGAUGAAACCCCAGCCUUCACCCAACAAAGCCUCUAUAUCUCCUGCACCACAGAAGAAAGACACCUCUACACAAGGCUCCAUCCAGAAAAAUCCUAUUACAUCAGCAACACAGCCACCCAAGGCAGAGACUGCUAAAGCAGCAGACCCUCAGACACCGGCUAGCCCAGUACCUGCCCAGAAUGCACCACAAGAGAACCGGAGAACAUCAGGGCCUCAGAAACCGCCAGAGCAGCCAGGCCAACCUGGGCAUAAGCAGAGUAAUGCCUCCCCAUGCACACAGGAGGAGCCUGGGAAGACUCAGCAAGAGCUUCCAAAGGAUGGAGCCUCUCCUGCCAACGUUGUGCCACAGCUACAGGCUCAGGCCCCCAAGCAAGAGUCAGGGGGCUUCUUUGGCUUUGGUGGUCCUAAGUCUCAGCCUGCUUCCUCAAAGCCUGAAGAUUCAGUGUCUGGGAAGAUGUUUGGCUUUGGCUCCUCCAUCUUCAGCUCUGCAUCCACUUUGAUCACCUCAGCUGUUCAGGAUGAGCCCCACACCACACCACCAGGUUCCCCGAAGGUGUCUGCAGCAGCCCAGGCCUCUCCCAAGAUGCCUCCUACAAAGGAGACCAAACCACCUGCUGUUCAGAAAGCAGAGGAGAAGAAAGCAGAGCAACCCCAGCAGGCCAAGGUCACCCCAUCAAUACAGGUCAACGUGGACAAACCCCCAUCAGAGCCUCCAAAGGGAACAGCAUCCUACCAACCAUCUCCCAAAGCAGGCCAGUCCACCUGUCCACUCUGCAAGGUGGAACUCAACAAGGGCUCCAAGGACCCUCCCAACUACAACACCUGCACCGAAUGCAAGAACACUGUCUGCAACCUCUGUGGUUUCAACCCCAUGACAAAUGUUACUGAGUUGAAGGAGUGGCUGUGUCUGAACUGCCAGAUGAAGAGAAUGGAACCCACAGGACCUCCCAUGAUGAAACCCCAACCUUCUCCAAACAAAGGUUCUGCACCUCAGAAGGCCACUGUCACACCCAUCGCUACCCAAAAGAAAGACAUUCCAACACCAGGCUCCCCCCAGAGAAAACCUUCUACAUCAGCAACAGAGCCACUCAAGGCAGAUGCUGCUAGAACAGCAGACCUUCAGAAACCAGCCAGCCCAGCACCUGUUCAGAAGGCACCACAGGAGAACCGGAGAACAUCAGGGCCUCAGAAACCACCAGAUCAGCCAGGGCAACGUGGGCAUGAGCGGAACAAUGCCACCCUGUCACAGCAGGUGCCUGGGAAGCCUCAGCAAGAGCCUCCAAAAGGUGGGACAUCUCCUGCCAAAUCUGUGCCAACACUACAGGCCAAGCCCCCCAAGCAGGAGUCAGGGGGCUUCUUUGGUGGCUUUGGUGGUCCUAAAUCUCAGAUUUCCUCAAAGCCUGAAGAUUCAGUGUCUGGGAAGAUGUUUGGCUUUGGUUCCUCCAUCUUCAGCUCUGCAUCCACUUUGAUCACUUCAGCUGUUCAGGAUGAGCCCCACACCACACCGCCAGCUUCCCUCAAGGUGUCUGCACCCUUUGCGCUUCAAAAGCGGGAGACUCCCACACCAACUGGUGCCCAAAAAGGUGCACCAACACCAGUGUCACCCAAAAAAGAGGCUCAAACACCAGCCAUAGCCCCAAAGAAAGACACCCCAAUGCCAGCCUCCCCCCAGAGAAAGCCAGACUCCCCCACAAUGACUGCAAAGCAGGACCAGAAACAUUCAAGUCCUUUAAAACCAGGAGACCCAUCAGGGGCUAAGCAGGGGAGUGCUGCACAACCACAGCAGCAGCCCCUACAGCAGAAGACUCCACAAGUCCAGCCUCAGCAGACCCCAGCAAGUGCACUGAAAGCAGAACCUGUGAAGCCUCAGCAGACCCCAGCAAGUGCACUGAAAGCAGAACCUGUGAAGCCUCAGCAGACCCUAGCAAGUGCACUGAAAGCAGAACCUGUGAAGCCUCAGCAACAGCCUCCUAAAGUUGGGACCUCUCCAGGACCGGCUCAGAAGACACCACAGGAAAACCGGAGAACAUCAGAAGUUCAGAAACCACCACAACAGCCCAGCCCUGGGCGUAGGCAGAGUAUUGCCAUUCCGUCCGCACAGCAACACCCCAAGCAGGAGUCAGGAGGCUUAUUUGGCUUUGGUGGUCCCAAAUCUCAGUCUACCCCCUCAAAGCCUGAAGAUUCAGUGUCUGGGAAGAUGUUUGGCUUUGGCUCCUCCAUCUUCAGCUCUGCAACCACUUUGAUCACCUCAGCUGUUCAGGAUGAGCCCCACACCACUCUGCCAGCUUCUCCCAUGGUGUCUGCACCGGCCUCUCCCAAGAUGCCCCCUGCAAAGGAGACCAAACCACCUGCUGUUCAGAAUGCAGAGGAGAAGAAAGCAGAGCAACCCCAACAGGCCAAGGUCCCCCCAUUAUUACAGGCCAACGUGGACAAACCCCCAUCAGAGCCUCCAAAGGGAGCAGCAUCUUUCCAACCAGCUCUCAAAGCAGGCCAGUCCACCUGUCCACUAUGUAAGAUGGAACUCAACAUGGGCUCCAAGGACCCUCCCAACUACAACACCUGUACCGAAUGCAAGAACACUGUCUGCAACCUCUGUGGAUUUAACCCCAUGCCAAGCGUUACUGAGAUGAAGGAGUGGCUGUGUCUUAACUGCCAGAUGCAGAGAGCUCUUGGAGGAAUUGAACCCCCAGAACCCCUCAUGAUGAAACUGUAUCCCAACAAAGUUUUUGCACCUCAAACAGUCACUGUGACACCUAUUGCAGCUCAAAAGGACAUUGCAACACCUGCUGCAUCUGUGAAGACAGACAGUCCAAUCCCAAGCUCCCCUCAAAGGAAACCAGUUCCCCCUGCAGCUGAUAUAUCAAAAGCUGAAGCUACUAAAGCAGCAGGCACUCAAAUGCCGGCAAGCCCAGCUCAGAUGGCAUCACAAGCGAACCGGAGAGCUUCAGAACCUCAGAAACCACCACAGCAGCCCAGCCAGCCUGGGCGUAGGCAGAGUAGUGCCAUCCCAGACACACAGCAACACCCCAAGCAGGAGUCAGGAGGCUUCUUUGGCUUUGGUGGUACCAAAUCUCAGUCUACCCCCUCAAAGGCUGAAGAGUCAGUGUCUGGUAAGAUGUUUGGCUUUGGCUCCUCCAUCUUCAGCUCUGCAUCCACUUUGAUCACCUCAGCUGUUCAGGAUGAGCCCCACACCACACCGCCAGGUUCCCCGAAGGUGUCUGCACCGGCCUCUCACAAGUUGCCCCCUGCAAAGGAGACCAAACCACCUGCUACCGAGAGAGCAGAGGAAUCAAAAGCAGAGCAACCCCAGCAGGCCAAGGUCCCCCCAUCAGUACAGGCUAAAGUUGACCAACCCUCAUCGGGGCCUCCAAAAGGAGUAGUAUCCUCCCAACCAGCUCUCAAAGCAGGCCAGUCCACCUGUCCACUCUGCAAGGUGGACCUCAACAUUGACUCCAAGGACCCUCCCAACUACAACACCUGUACCGAAUGCAAGAACACUGUCUGCAACCUCUGUGGAUUUAACCCAAUGCCACAUGUUACUGAGGUGAAGGAAUGGCUGUGUCUGAACUGCCAGAUGCAGAGAGCUCUUGGGGGAAUGGAACCCCCAGAACCCCUCAUGAUGAAACCCCAACCCUUACUCAACAAAGUUUCUACACCUGUUGCACCUCAAAAGGAGCCUCCGGCAACUCAAAAGGUAAAGGAGACUGCGAUACCUGCUGUAGAUCAGAAGAAGGCCGCCUCCACACUCCAAAAAGAAGAGACAACCACUCUUGCUGCACCACAAAAGGAGACUCCAUUACCAGCCUCAUCCAAAAUGGGGGAGACACCAGUUACAGCUUUAAAGCAGGACACUCCAACACCAGAUUCACCACAAAAUAAAAAAUAUCCUACACCACCAGGUGUGUCUGUAACAGAUGAGGUCCCAACCACAGCGUUGCCUGUCAAGAAGGACGUUUCUGCCUCAGCCCUUAUCAAGGAGGAACCAACUUCUGCCUCCCCUCUCAUCAAGGAGGUCACUGGUUCAGCUCUCACUAAGGGGGCACCAGCCUCACCUCAAAAUAAAAAGGAACAUAUACUACCAGGGUCACAAAACAGAAAGGGUUCCCCAACACCAGGUUCAACCCAAGAUAACUAUGCUGUACAAUCAGGUUUACCUCUGAAGAAGGAAGCACCAUUUUCAUCAGCAGUAGAGACUAAAGAGGUCCAACUUCCAGCUGCAGUUAUAAGCAAUGAGGCACCUGUUCCAGAUUCACUCAAAACAAACAAGACAACAACACUUGGCUCCGCAAUGAAAAAAGAGUGUUCAUCUACUGAGAUGUCAAUUGACAACCAGAAACCUGCAAUUGUUCAAAAGUCGAUGGAGCCACCAGCCACACCUACAAACAAGCAGAAUGAGGUUGUUCAACCCUUACAGCAGCCAGAAAAGAAAAUGCCUGCUGCACAGCCUCUGGCACAAGUACAGCCCCAGGAAGCUCCAAAGCCAGACCCCAAAAUCACUCCCCCAAAGCAGGAGCUUGGGAAACCAGCCAGUUCAGCACCUGCUCAGAAGGCACUAGAGAACCGGAGAACAUCAGAACCCCAGACACCACCACAGCAGCCCAGCCAGAGUAGUGCCAUCCCAUCCACACAGCAACCCCCCAAGCAGGAGUCAGGAGGCUUAUUUGGCUUUGGUGGUCCCAAAUCUCAGUCUACCCCCUCAAAGCCUGAAGAGUCCGUGUCGGGUAAGAUGUUUGGCUUUGGCUCCUCCAUCUUCAGCUCUGCAUCCACUUUGAUCACCUCAGCUGUUCAGGAUGAGCCCCACACCACUCUGCCAGCUUCCCCCAUGGUGUCUGCACCGGCCUCUCCCAAGAUGCUCCCUGCAAAGGAGACCAAACCACCUGCUGUUCAGAAUGCAGAGGAGAAGAAAGCAGAGCAACCCCAGCAGGCCAAGAUCCCCACAUUAUUACAGGCCAACGUGGACAAACCCCCAUCAGAGCCUCCAAUGGGAGAAGCAUCCUCCCAACCAUCUCCCAAAGCAGGCCAGUCCACCUGUCCACUCUGCAAGGUGGACCUCAACAUGGGCUCCAAGGACCCUCCCAACUACAACACAUGUACCGAAUGCAAGAACACUGUCUGCAACCUCUGUGGAUUCAACCCCAUGCCACAUGAAACAGAGGUAAAGGAAUGGCUGUGUCUGAACUGCCAGAUGCAGAGAGCUCUUGGAGGAAUGGAACCCCCAGGACGGCCGAUGAUUAAAUCCCAACCCUUGCCAAGCAAAGUCUCCACACCUGCUGCAUCUCUAAAGCUGACCCCAGCACCAGCUAAACCCCAAAAGGAGGAGAUUCCAGCACCUGCGGCUGCCCAAAAAGAGAUUCCUCCACCCACUGUACCUCAGGAGACAUUAAUACCGGCUGGAACCCCAUCAACAGCUGCAGUCAAAAAGGAGGAGACCCCAGCACCAGGAUCCCCACAAAACAAACCUGCUCCACCUGCUGUGGCUGCAAAGGACAAACAGGAACCUAUAAUUGUUCAGAAACCAGUGGACCAAACAAUUCCAGUGACACCCAUACCCAGUGGUACUGCUACACCUGCACAACAGCCAGAAAAGCAAACUCCUCCACUGCAACAGCCUGAUGCUAAGCCCCCACCCCAACUACAGCCCCAGCAAGUUCCAAAGAUAGACCCCAAAACUGAUCCCCUAAAGCAGGAGCCUGGAAAGCCUCAACAACAGCUUCCAAAAGGUGGGACCUCUCCUGCCAAAUCUGUAUCACAACCACAGCCCAAGCCCCCAAAGCAGUCAGUAGGUUUCUUUGGCUUUGGCGGUGCUAAAUCUCAGCCUGCUCAGUCAAAGGCUGAAGAGUCAGUGUCUGGGAAGAUGUUUGGCUUUGGAUCCUCCAUCUUCAGCUCUGCAUCCACUUUGAUCACCUCAGCUGUUCAGGAUGAGCCCCACACCACUCUGCCAGCUUCCCCCAUGGUGUCUGCACCGGCCUCUCCCAAGAUGCCCCCUGCAAAGGAGACCAAACCAUCUGCUGUUCAGAAUGCAGAGGAGAAGAAAGCAGAGCAACCCCAGCAGGCCAAGGUCCCCCCAUCAGUACAGGUCAACGUGGACAAACCCCCGUCAGAGCCUCCAAAGGGAACAGCACCCUACCAACCAUCUCCCAAAGCAGGCCAGUCCACCUGUCCACUCUGCAAGGUGGAACUCAACAAGGGCUCCAAGGACCCUCCCAACUACAACACCUGCACCGAAUGCAAGAACACUGUCUGCAACCUCUGUGGAUUUAAUCCCAUGCCACGAGAAACAGAGGAAUGGCUGUGUCUGAACUGCCAGACACAGAGAGCUCUGUCGGGUCAGCUGGGAGACAUGGGGAUGAUGGCCCAGCCACAACUCACAAUGACUGGUGCCCAGCCCACACCACAGCCUGUAGCCACAUCCACCAGGACAGAGCCCCUGUUUCCAGCAGCAACCACAACCAAGGACCCGGCUGUUCCUCUCAUGUCAGAGCCCAUUCCACCUACACUAACACCUGCUCUUGCACAAAAGGAGCUGGAGCCAACGGUGAAAGUCUCUGAGGCUGAAGCUCCCAAUGCGGUCACAAAGGCUGAGGCUCCAAAGACAGAAGUUCUCAAGGUGAAGAUCGCCAAGACAGAGGCACCAAAAAUGGAGUCUUCUGUGGCAGAAGUUCCUACAAAUGAGCUGCCCAAACCAGUGCCACCUAAAUCUGAACCACCGAAGACUCCAGUGGUAGCUGCUGCUCCUGUUGUCUCUGUCCCAAUGACUGAGGCCAUGACUGCUCCUGCUCCUCUACCCACCACAGUCGCUACUGCCAUUGCUGUCACUUCAGCCACUGCGAAGGCUCAACCAGCAGAGCUACCUAAACCAGCAGAGGAGAAGGUUGAGAAGCCAGCAGAGAAGGUUGAGAAGCCACUGAAACCAGUACCUGUCACAGUGCCUGAGAGGGUAACUCCACAACCAGUCCCAACAGCUGAUACUAUCAAGAAAGAGGCCGCUCCAUUGGUUGAAAAGGUGGAUGAUGUCCUUCCUGAACCUCAGCAGAUUCUCACUGAGAAGGAGACUGUGGAGGAGGAGAAAGAGUCAACUGCAGACUCCCUCCUAGCAGACCAGGUAGUAGUUGAGGUACCGUCCAGCCCAGCCAGUCCAUUUGAGGCUGACACCAAGACUGAGGACCAUAGUAUCAAGUCCCAGGAUGGACCAGAUAUACUUCCUAUCUCACAGGGCUCCUACAGCUCAGAGGAAGAGCUGAAGGAGUUGCAGACAGACAGAAAUGUCCCUAUGAUUGACACGACCGCUGACACAGCCAUGCCUUCCAAGGAAGAGGUGAAUGUGGAGAAGAGGCGUCUGAAUUAUGUACAGAUGGAGGAGAGCAGUGGGAGCGAACCCUCUCCAUCGCCCCAGGUCCAGAGACGGAGGUUAAGUGCGAUAGCAGUCAGCACGGCAGCCUCAUCCAGUAGCGAGGACUACAAAGCAGACAGCCCAGACUCAUCUGUGGAUGAGGAGGAGUUCAUCCGCAGGCAGAUCAUGGGGAUGACAGGAGAGGAGGAGAUGUUUCUCUCAGAGGAGGAAAAAGAUGAGAAAGAGAGCAGAGAGGAGGAGACCAAGGAGGCUGAGGUGGAUAACGAAUCAGGCAAAUCCAAACUUCUGCUAAAGAAAGGCAUUAUGGAUAAUGAAGACAGCCCAGCCAGGAGACCAUCUCUUCCAGGAUCUGAGGCUAAAACCACUGCAGAUAGGUCUGAGCUCACCACCACUGUGUUUAAGAAAGACAUGACGUUACAAAGAACAAAGAGCACAGAUGAUGGAGAUGCUGAGGUGGAGAGCAUCACAGAGUCUCUGGAGGACAAAUCCAAAGGUGAGGGGUCAUCCAGUGUCCAAGUGUCCAGCUUCACCCCUGGAACCUCCCCCACCUCAGCCUCUUCUCUGGAGGAGGACAGCGACAGCAGCCCCAGCCACAAGAGGAGUGGGGAGGGGAAACAGCACCGCAAGGCCAAGCACAGGCAGGCAGGCCAGUCCCUUCCCACCAUCGAGGACUCGUCAGAAGAGGAGGAACUCAGGGAGGAAGAAGAUCACCUCAGGGAGCAGGAGAAACAGGAGUCGGACCAGCAGCAGGGGAAGAGGAGCUCCAAGAAGUCCAAGAGGGAUAAAGACGAACUACAGACUCAGAGGAAAUGGGAUAAGCCUAUAACCUCGCCCAGUAACCUGUCUCCUAUUGAAAACGCCUCGCCCACUGUGGAGAUGAGGCAGGCUAGAGAGAUGGAAGUGUUUCACAAGUCCUCAGGCUCUGACUAUUCUCCUAGCAUGGAGUCUGAUUCAGAGGCGUUUCACACAGAGGCCAAGAUAGCUGUCCCAAAAGGACAGAAGUUCAGUACUGCAGAGCCACUAAAGAAUGCAGAGGAUGUAUAUGAGGAGAUGCUUCAGAAAGCUAGAUCUCCUAAAGGAGAGACAGAGCCCGUCCCUGAGAUAGAGCCACUCUACGGAGGCAUGGCCAUAGAGGACUACCUCUAUGAGUCCCUAGUGGAGGAGCCUGAAGCUAAACCUAGUUCAGCCCCACCGGAGCAGCCCAGUAAAGACCAUGCUAAAGAGCCAGGGAAGAAAAGUUUAAGAUCUCCUGAAGAGGUGUAUGAGGAGAUGAUGCUGAAGAAGAAGGAACUGAUGUUGAUAGAGCAGGAGUUUCAGAGGGCUCAGUCAGCGAUGGACACUCCAACUCCAGAAAUACAUGUGACUGCACCAUCCAGUGCUGCAGCUGAGAGCUGCAAAGUUGGUGAGGCAGAGGGAGAAAAGCCUAUGUUAGAUGCGGAUUCUACCUACGUUAAGAGGAAGAAACGUCCUGCUCCACCACGACCCUCUGAGCCUCCUAAACGGCCCGAGGUCUACGUUGCCAAGCCAACAGUUCCUCAGGAUAUGACUAUGAGGAGGGCUCUUUUCCUCAUACCGGAUUUGAAGAUCACCCAGUGUUCCUCUGGAGAGGAUGAGACGGAUGAUAGUAUAAUAGAGGAGUAUGGAGUGGGAGUGUCCUCUGAUAUUACCCCUAGCGAUGAGUCUGAGACUAAAGAACAGGUAGAGUCCCCUCCAGUUUCAGAACAUACACCAAUAACAGAGGUAGCUGAGAUUGAACCCAUCAUUUUAGUUUGUGAGGUUCCCCAGGCGAAAGCUACUCCAGCUCCUGCCCCUGAGACAGUUCUAGCCACCAGUACAACCACCACAACAUCACCAAUCUCUCCAGUAUCACCUCCCACCUCACCAGCAACUCCAGACUCAAGUCUAGCCUCCAAUGCUACUUCCUCCUCCUCUUUCCAAGCUCCAAGUCCUCUCUCCUCUGACUCCACUCCAGUGUCCACUCCAACACCAGACCUGGCCAAAGCUGCAGCUCCCUUCGCAGCUCAGCCUGCUGAUAUCUCCCCUCCUUCUAUUGCUCCCAUUAUGGCUGUUUCUCCAACCACAGUUUUGGUCACAAUUCUAGAUGUGGUGACAGAUCCAACCCAAGCACCAACACCAGCUACAACUACAGUCCAUGCUUCUGCUCCACUAGCCCAACCCCAAGCCUCAGUCCCUGCCUCAGUGGUGGUGCACAUACCUGAUCCGGUUGUAAUCCAAAUGCCAGACCUGGUUACAUCUCCAUCCCAGAUGUCUGUUCAGGGUCCACCUUCUGUACAGGUCACAGCACCAACUCCAGUACCAAGCCCAGUACCUUCUGAAGCCACAUCUCCGGUCCCAGCUGCUCCCAGUGCAAUGUCAACUUCGGCUACAGUCUCUGCUCCAACUCCAGCCCCAGCUCCAGUUGUAGUCCAAAUGCCAGACCUGGUUACCAUCACCUCUUCAGUUUCACCCCAAGCCCCACUACCUGUGACAUCCUCAGCUCCUGCCCAGGCUAAAGUGGUGCAUUCAGUCCCUGUCCAGACUGCUGCCCCACCUCCAACCCCAGUAGUAGUCCCAGCCAUAGGGACACGCCGAAUUCAGAGACAAGCCUCCACCAAAAAAGCCCCACCUCCUCCUCCACCUAGGUCUACAUCUGUCUCCCUGCCCCAAACCUCAGCAGAGCCUACCUCUAUCAGGGCCAUCCAUAAUGUCUCCCCGACCGUGACUACCACAAUAGCCAUGAGAGCAGCUCUGCCUGUGGUGGUGAAUGUACAGUCGCUAGUGGAGGAUGUCCGGCCAGAAGGUGUUGCUGGCUCUCAGGUUAUGAUGACCCCAACCAGACAGGGGCAUGUGGUCAUCAUAGUUCCCAAUGUGGAGAACAUGUCAGUCCUCAGCCAGACAACCCAAGACCUUGUGGCAAACUCAGUUGCAAUAACUACCAACUCUGCUGUGGUUGAUGGCAGUAGUCAGAUAGCAGCAAGGCCUGUGGUUGUCAGUGUUGAUCCUUUCUAUACUGCUCCCUCUGUUCCUGCUGUACACAGCUCAGACACAUAUAUACCUUUGGCAGAUACCCCAACACCUCCUUUGCCUCCUCCACCACCCCCUGCCACCUUACUAAAGCCAGCUGUUUAUCCCAAAAAGCCUUCCAUUUCCAUCCCACCUUCAGUCCCAACAUCAGUGCCAGUCUCAACUGCUUUGACAAUGGCACAGGCAACUGUAACAUCCCCAGACCCCAGUCCAGUACACAAGGCCCCUGCACCCCCUCCAGUCCCCCCCAAGCCUGUGUCCAUCCCUGCAGGGCUGGUGUUCAGCCACCGACCAGGGGAGAGUGUCAAACCUCCAGUGUAUCCCACUGCCAGCCACACACUUCCCACGACCAGAGAAGUAGUUCCGAAAGCCAGCUCAGCAGAGCCAUUCACAGCCACAACACUGCCCAGGACCAGAGAACCUCCCAAUGCCCUGUCUCUGAGUCUGACCACCCCAGUGGAAUCCAAGAUGAGUGCUACCUCACCCAGGUCCCCUCUUUCUCCAAGGAACGCCAAGUGUCUGGAGACGUAUGUUGUGAUAACUCUGCCCUCAGAGCCUGGCACACCCACAGAGGGAAUCACUGUCCAAGCUCCCAUCAGAAGAGGGUCCAUCCUCCCCUCUAAGCAGACAGGCCCGGGGGUUAGGACCACACCGUCAGAACAGCAGUCACCCAUUGAGGCCUUCUCAGCCCAGGACAAUGUCAGGAGAGCAUCAGUUCCCUCAUUGAGGCAACCACCACCACCACCAGCAGCAAUAGGCCCAGUCGAAGUAGCAGCACCCCUAGAGGGAGUCACUGUUCUAGAAAUAGCAAGACGGCCUUCCAUACCAUCAGCUAUGCAGCCUCCAUACGGUAUGGCUGAGGUGGUGACAGUUUCAGCUGGGUCUGAGAUGCCUAUUCAGGUACACAAUGUCCCAGCUCCAAUCAAGAAACCGUAUAAACCUCCAACAGCCAAGCCACCGCAGACAGUGUCUGUGGUUAUGACGAUGCCAUCAGAGCCACGGGUUCCUGUAGAAGUGUCUGCAACUCAAGCCUCUGGUAGAUGGGCAUCAAUACAUGCUGUACCUCAGCAGCCACAAUAUGUGGCUGAAGUAAUGGCUUUACCAGCAGAGCUGGACAUACCUACAGAGGUCAUUUCAAUUGAGGCCAUGUCUGGAAGAGCAACAAUACCAUCAGAAAUGCAGCAACCGCAGGAAAUACCAACAGGAGCUAUGGCCACCCAAAUCCAUGUAGAAGCUCCACCCUCAACCAUGCAUCAGUCACCAUCUCUGAUAGAGGUGGUUUCAACUGAGGCUGUCUUUAGAAGAGCAUCAAUACCAUUGGAAAUGCAGCAACCACAAACCAUGGCAGAGGUAAUGCCUUUACAGCAGGACACACCAUCAAUACGAUCAUCUGCACCACAACCACAAGGAGUGUCUGAAGGAAUGGCUUUUCCUUCAGAGUAUGAAAUGCCUACGGAGGUUAAAACAACUGAGGCCACUACCACUAGAAGGACAUCCACAUCCUCUGUAGCACAACAACCAUACACAUUUGCUGAAGUAAUGAAUUACCCAUCAGAGUAUGAAACACCCAUCCAGGUGGUUACAACUGAGGCUAUUUCCACUACAAAAAGAGCGUCUAUAACCAUGCAGCAGCUUCUAACUAUGGCCCAGGUUAUCACAAUGCCUGCAGAGGCAGAGGUACCUCUAGAGGCAUAUGCUGCCCAAGUUCAAUACAGGAGAGAAUCCAUCCCCUCAGCAGUGCAACCACCACAGGCAGUAUCAGGGGUCCUGAGUUACUCAUCAGAGUAUGAGACCCCCCUGGAGGUCAUUACAACUGAAGCCUACACCAGGAGAAUGUCAGUUCCCUCUGGCCAGGAGGUUCCCCAGACUGUCCCCGUGGCUCCAGUCACCAUCACCAGGAAGUUCCACCAGGAGUCGAUAGAGAGCCAGGAAAUCCGUGGGCCUGAGAAGGUGGUGUCCAGCCUGAGCCACGUGUACUCCUCCUCUAUCUCCACCUCAGCCCAGCCCCCAGAGAGACUGCCCAGCUUGGUCACUCAGGUGGUCACCACCGAGGUUCAGAGAACCACUGUGUCUGUGGUUCAUGAGAGGCUGCCCCAGGCUCCUGCGUCAGACGCAUUGGCCAUCCUUAUCCAGCCAGACCUGGCUAAAGUCCAGCCCUCUCCCAAACAGAACGGGAAGCUCUACUCCGGUGAUGCCAUUGACCUCCGCACCAUUAAGGUCGGUGUAAAGAUGACCGAUUCAGGGAUGGACUUGACGCCUCAGGAAUCGAGUCGCCAGUCUGUCUGUAGCAACUCUAGUGGCCGACAUACGGCAGUGCAGCCAGAGAUAGUGAACCUGAGUGCUGAGAUCACCCCUUCCACCACGUUGGCUGUUGUCACUGAUAGCAUCACUAUUGUCACCUGUUCAGCCACCAUUGCCUCCUACACCAGCGAGCCAGAAGAAAAGCCUUUAGAUCUGCAGGGUUAUGUAGCCUCCAUGCCUCUCCCUCUUACCACAUACAAACCAUUCGAGCCUCUGGCACAGAUAGUGUAUAGGCGUGUAGACUGUCCACCUAUCGUCAGCACGGUGAUAGCCAGACACACAGAGACACCAAUUAACCUGUCCUAUGGAGCCUCCCCAGUAGAUAGCAGGCUUCCAGUGACCAUGGCCCCAGCUGUCAGCAAUGGGGGAACCAUGCUCUCAGAGCUGGCUGGGGCCGUGGACCUGUCCACCUCCAGACCCCUUAGGGCCAUGGUGGCUCUGUCCGGCACCAGCCCAGGUGUGGUGACCACGGUUGUAGAGGAUGAUGGGACGCCCAUAGAUCUGACAGCUGGGAAAAAUGCGUGCUGUGACGUCAUCUACAAGCUACCCUUCACAGGGAGCUGUAGGACCCAGCCACCAGUUAUUACCCAGCCUGACAACCACUUCGGCUACAGAGAUGACCACUACCAGUAUGAUCAUGCUGGGGUCUAUGGAAUCAAGGUCUUGAACGGCAAGACCUUGUCUGAGACCAAUCUGGCUGAUGCAGGACUCUUCCUCUAUAAUGGAAAGACCGAAUAUGACUAUAAAGUCUUGGACAGUGCGGUAGACCUGACCGCUGGUAAUAUAUCCGCAGGUGAAGCUCUAGACUACACUAGCAAAGCUGCUGGGGCCUACACUGGGAUAUCCACUGCUCCAUAUUCCCAGGUCCCUGCUUAUAGUGUCCUUAGAUCCUCAGACGGAAUGGUAUACUCCUCCAUAGCAGCCCCUGUUCCUUCUACAUAUGCCAUUACCACCCAGCCAGGGUCCAUCUUCAGCACCACCCUACCCCCUACCACCACCCUCCAGGAGCAGCCAGCCCAAGCUCCAUACCCCUAUGGCUUCAUCCCCACCACCGACCCUGGCAACCAGAUCAUCAGCCUGGGAACUGGCCUGCCCAAGGACCUGCUGCCCAGCGCUCUGGCUGACAUCAUGACUGGCUUCCCUGCCUUGUACUCUGACCAGACCCUGGAGGCCAUUGCAGCCUCUCUGGAGGCCCUGGCCUCGUUGCCCAUGUUCCCCGGCCUGGAUGACAGCAAGAUCACCCAGUACCAGAUGGAGAGGGAGUUCCUGCAGCUGGAGAAGCUGAAGCAGCUGUGUCUGGCUGAGGAGUUGGAGUGGGAGAGGCAGGAGAUCCAACGCUACCGCGAGCAAGAGCAGAUCAUGGUGCAGAGGGAGCUGGAGGAGCUGCAGGCUCUGAAACAGAAGUUGUUAGUUCAACAAGAAGAGGAGCACCAGGCACACCUUGUAGCACAGCAGGAGACCUACAACCAGCAGAGGGAACAGCUAGAGCAGAUCCAACAGCUCCAGGUGCAGCUACAGCACCAGCUAGAGGAGCACUACGGUACCACAGGAACCUCAGAUAACCUGCUAGAGGCACAGUAUGCAGGGGUGGGGGAUAACGGUCAGUACUGGCCUGUUAGGGAUGAGUCCACCACCUCAUCCACUGUCCUCCAGCUAGAAGGUGGGGUGCAGUAUGUGACCGGUGAGGGUCAGAGAGAGGUUGGAGGUCAGGACCAGCUGCAAUUCAGUAGGAAACAGUCGGCAGGGUCUAAGCAGCCUGGUGACCAGGGGUAUGGUACAGGGGUUGUAGGGAAGAGGAUAGUUGACAGUGGGGUCCAGACAGACGAUGAGGACUCGGUAGACAGAACGUAUGUGGGGAGGAGGAAGAGAAACAACAGGGGGAGGGGUGUAGACAGCAGUGUUCAGACUGAUGAUGAGGAGGACCAAGAGGAUGAGUGGGACAUGCCAACCAGGUCGCGGCGGCGCUCCCGCUCCAGCAAGCACAGCAGCGAGGGAAAACACAGUGGCUCUAAGGUCUCCAGCAUUGCCAUCCAGACUGUGGCAGAGAUCUCUGUCCAGACCGACCACUCUGGCUGCAUCAAAUGCCCCAGCAUCCAGAUGGACACUAAGGUGGAGAUCAUCAAACACAUCUCAGCCCCAGAGAACUCUCAGAGAGGAGGCAGCCUCAGCUGCCAGACAGACACAGACCGCAGGCGCCACUUGCCCGUAGAGGUGGGCUACAGCGCGUACCUGAAGGCAGACCUCGCCCCCAAGUCCCCCAAAGUGCUUUACUCUCCCGUGUCCCCCCUCUCCCCGAGUAAGGCCAUGGAGGAAGGGCAGAAGAGGCUGACCACUGAUCCGUCCAGGUUUUCCAAUGGCCCUAGGAUGCUGAAGCCUGGACCGAAGUCUCUGCCUGACCCCAAGUCUCUCAGCCCCACCACCGAGGACAGGAUAGGCUACCACUACACAGAAACCUACUCUGGCCAGGGCUCUCCGUCAGGCACUGGAAAGAAGGUGAAGAGGACCCUACCCAACCCUCCCCCGGAGGAUGACCCUCUGACUGGCCCAUCAGGCUACAGCGCCAACUCAGCGCGCCGACGUCUCGGCCGUCACACCACCAUGGCCCGGGCCAAGAUCUUGCAGGACAUCGACAAGGAGCUGGACCUCGUGGAGAGAGAGUCAUCCAAGCUCCGCAGAAAACAGGCCGAGCUAGACGAGGAGGAGAAAGAGAUUGAUGCCAAGCUGAGGUACCUGGAGAUGGGCAUCAACCGUCGUAAGGAUGCCCUGCUGCAGGAGAGGGAGAAGAGGGAGAGGGCCUACCUGCAGGGUGUGGCUGAGGAGAGAGACUACAUGUCGGACAGUGAGGUCAGCAACAUCAGGGAGACCAGAGGGAACAGCCACGGCCUGGAGAGACCCAGGACAGCUCCACAGUCAGAGUUCGACCAGUUCAUUCCCCCUGAAACUGAGGCUGACUCCCAGUACUCCACUCUUACCAGUCCCUACUCCCACUACACCCAGUAUGUCCCCCAGACCCAGGCCAUCAGCCACUACCCCCAGCAGACCCUGUACCAGCAGCAGGCCCUCUACCAACAGCACCCCUACCAGAGUCAGUCAGUCUACUCCUCUGUGCCAAGCCUGUCCUACCCCCAGGCCUCCCACUCCCACCAGCAGGCCCAGUCCUCAGGCUACCAGUCCAAGAACACCACCAACUACGAGGUGAUCCGGAACCAGCCCAUGAUCAUCGUACCCUCCUCCGUCGAGGGGGGGUAUGGGGUGGGGAAGUACGGCAGCCUGGAACUGAGGAUGGGCCUGGAGGAGAGGAGCAUGGCCUCCAGUCCCAUGUCUAGUAUAUCUGCUGAGUCUUUCUACGCUGACAUCGACCACCACAAUGCCAGGAACUAUGUUCUGAUAGAGGACAUAGAGCAGCUGACUAAAGGCUCUACAGCGCUGGGCUCUGCAGGGCUGGGGUCAGGGUUCAGUCUGCCUGAUAAGGACCUGUCUAAGGCUGACAGGCUGCUCCGGGCCGCUGAGGCCAGGCGCACUGCAGAGGUUGCGGAGUUCCUUGGUAACUCGCGUCUGCACAGCUACGGUAAAGGAGAGGAGGACUCUAUGGAGGAGCCUUAUGAGCUGAAGCUCCUGAAGCAACAGAUAAAGCAGGAGUUUAGACGAGGGACGGAGGGUCUGGAGCACCUCUCAGGCCUGGGCAUGCCCCAGUACCUCCCCACUGACCCCAGCUACAGACACUUCCCUAAGGCUGACAAGUACAGCAUCAGCCGGCUGACCUUGGAGAAACAAGCUGCCAAGCAGCUCCCUGCCGCCGUGCUCUACCAGAAACAGAUCAAGAACCAGAAGAAGGCAACCCUGAUGGACCCCAAGAUAACCAAGUUCUCCUCCAUCCAGGAGAGCAGAGACCUGGAGCCAGACUACAGCAGCUUCCUGGGCUCUGGAGCCUCGUCUGUCACCAACCUGUCCACGCGAGCCAGACUGCUCCAGGAUGAGAUCACCUUUGGCCUGAGGAAGAACCUGUCUGAGCAGCAGAAGUACCUGGACUCCUCCCUGGGAUCUAACCUGGCUGGCUCUCUGGGCCAGAACCUGGGCCAGUCCCUUGUUGGGGGACCCACCAUGAGGACUACCCUACAGGACGACACCACCUACCCCAGCGGCACGCGCUCUCGCCCCUCCUCCCGCCCCAACUCCCGCCCCAACUCCCGUCCCACUUCCGUCUAUGGCCUGGAUCUGUCCAUCAAACGGGACCUUUCCAGCUCCUCUCUCAGGCUGAAGAUUGAGGGAGAAGCAUUGGACGCAGCGUUCGGCACGGGGAUGGCCAGGACCAAGCCCACCAGCCUGCCUAUAAGCCAGAGCCGCGGGCGCAUCCCCAUCGUGGCUCAGAACUCAGAGGAGGAGAGCCCGCUGAGUCCUGUGGGAGAGCCCAUGGGCAUGGCCAGAGCCUCAGCCGGCCCUCUACCACCCAUCUCAGCUGACUCCAGAGACCAGUUUGGCUCUAGCCACUCCCUUCCGGAGGUCCAGCAGCACAUGAGGGAGGAGUCCAGGGCUACACUGGGACAUAGUGGGGUCUACGACAGAGACAUAGCCUUCAUCAUGGACGACCUGGGAGGAGCCAUGUCUGACAGCGAAGCCCUAACUGACUCCAUGCUGACUCUGAACAGAGAUGAUCCCAGAAUCUUUCAUGAGAGUAUCAGACACGCCGGAGGCCCCAACUGGAACAUAGAAGCGUACCACCUGAGGAGGGAGGACACUGACUGGUUUGAUAAGCCUGCAGAGAGACAACAUCAGGAAAAUGGACAGCCUCUGGACAGGAGACAGAUGAAGCUGAUUCCCUAUGUGUUCCCUCACACCCGGCUCAAACUACAGAGGGACCCCAAGGACACCAGUGUCUCAGGGAAUGGUCUGGGGAUCCGUGUGGUGGGAGGAAAGGAGAUUCCUGGUUGUCAUGGUGAGAUAGGAGCCUACAUCGCUAAGGUUACACCCGGAGGAGUGGCCGAACAGACAGGGAAAGUGGUGGAAGGAAUGCAGGUGUUGGAGUUGAACGGGGUUCCUCUGAUGGGGAAGACUUACGAGGAGGUGCAGUGCAUUAUGGGUCAGCUGUCUGCAGAGACUGAGCUCUGUGUGAGACUUGACCUGAACAUGCUGUCUGACCCUGAGCAUCCCCAGGCCCUGGAGAACCAUGACCAGCUGAAGCCUGGUGACAGGCAGUGUUCUCCAGGAGUGGACCCUAAGCAGCUGGCUGCAGAGCUGCAGAAGUUUUCCCAACAGCAGGCCCCUGGGAUGGGGUUAGAAAUGGGUGGGGGGCCAGGAGGAGUAGGGGUCCUCUCUGCCCUUGACCGCUCAGCUCUGUUACACUCAGGCAAUGCAUCGGCUAGCUCUAGUGCCGUCCCCAGCCCCGGUCAGCCUGCCUCCCCAGCCAUCAACAAGAAACAACGCCACAGCGCCAAGUCGGUAGCGGAUGUGCAGGUGCUAAAGUCUCAGCCUCACCCUAUAACAGGAGAAAUACAGCUCCAGAUCAACUAUGACAGGAACCUGGGGAACCUGAUAGUGCAUGUGCUCCAGGCCAGGAACCUGGCUCAGAGAGACCCCAACAGAUACUCUGACCCAUUUGUCAAGGUUUACCUCCUACCAGGGAGAGGACAAGUCAUGGUAGUCCAGAACGCAAGUGGUGAGAACAAGAGGAGGACCAAGUACGUUCAGAGGAGUCUGAACCCAGAGUGGAACCAGACCGUCAUCUACAAGAACAUACACCUGGAACAGCUGAAGAAGAAGACUCUGGAGGUGACAGUGUGGGAUUAUGACAAAUCUUCCUCCAAUGACUUCCUGGGAGAAGUGUUGAUAGAUCUGUCUAACACAACUCAGCUGGACAACACUCCUCGCUGGCUGCCUCUGAAGGAGCAGAGUGAGAGCAUUGAGCAUAGCAGAUCACAUCACAUCGCCCAGGGGCCUGGGGGGCCAGAAGCAGGGGCAGGGCCGGGACAGGGGCCCAUAGCGGGGCAAGGACCAGGCAAGGACAUGGGGCCAGGAUUAGGACAAGGACAAGGCCUAAUGCAUGGACAGGGACAGGGGCAGGGGCAGGGGCAGAUGGAGGAGUGCCUUGAGUCCCCCAAGAAUUCUGUGAUAAAGAGCAGAAGCCACGGGAUCUUCCCUGACCCAUCAAAAGACAUGCAGAUGGUGACUCUAGAGAAGUCCCACAGUAGUCCCGGCAGCUCUAAGUCAUCGUCAGACGGCCAGCUUCGUUCCCACGGUCCGUCCCGCAGCCAGAGCAAGAGCAGUGUCACGCAGGCCCACCUGGAGGAUGCUGGGAUAGCUAUAGCUGCCGCAGAGGCCGCUGUGCAACAAGCCCGCCUCCAACCGAGACCAGGCCACAGGUUGGGGGAUGUGUCUGGGCCGGUGGUGUCCUCAGCCCCCAAUCUGCUGGAGGGGUAUGGGGGUCUGGAUGGAGAAGAGGGGGCUGGCACAGGGGUCGACAGCGCCAUUUUCCAGGUCCCACACAUAGGGAAGACCAUCCCCAACGGCAUUGACAAGUCUAGAGGACUGCCACUCUCGCUAUCAGACAAUGAGGGGGGUGGGGGUAAGACCCAGAUGAUGGGGGAGAUCAAGGUGGCCUUGAAGAAGGAGGUGAAACAAGAGGGAGACCAGCUGGUCCUGGAGGUUCUACAGUGUAGAAACAUCACUUACAAGUUCAAGAGCCCAGACCACCUACCAGAUCUCUAUGUGAAGCUGUACGUUGUUAAUGUGGCUACUCAGAAGAGAAUCAUCAAGAAGAAGACAAGAGUGUGUCGACAUGACAGAGAACCCUCUUUCAACGAGACCUUUAGGUUCAGCCUCAACCCCACCGGACACUCCCUGCAGUUGUUCCUGGUGUCUAACGGGGGUAAGUUUAUGAAGAAGACCCUGAUAGGAGAGGCCUACAUCUGGCUGGACAAGGUGGACAUGAGGAAGAGGGUGGUCAGCUGGCACAAGCUGCUGGUCAAUUCCACACACAACCAGUCCUGAGAGUUCAACUUGAGAUCACAGAGAGGUCAACCAGAUGUCAGUGAAGGUCAAUGAAUAGUAUUGGUCAGUGGUUGCUCGUAGAGGAGGACGAAAAAGAGGAAAAGGGAUAUGAGUUGCGUUACAGAGUGCCCUUCAUCUCCUUUGUGUUAUUGUAUGAAUGAAUGAAUGAAGGAAGGAAGGA